UCCACUAGAAAAAGACAGGAAAGAAGGAAGGAAGGAAGGAAGGAAGGAAGGAGGGAGGAGAGAAAGGACUUGGACACUCAGUAACCAGUAAGGAAUUGAGGGCUUCUCACCCCACUGCCCCCUAAACAGACUCCUGUAGGAGAGGCACAUCCUGUUCUUUGUGACAUGGCUGUGGGGGGUGAGGAAGUGGAUCCCCCACGGCGUGUGAUGGUGACGGAAUGACCUAAGAGUUCACCACGGGUUCCUCUGUUCUGCCGACACAGGAACUCCAUCCAUGGCCACAGCCAGCUCUAGCUCACACCCGCCUGGUGUGGCGGCAGCCCACACUGCUCUGGACAGUCCUCUGCGUGCUGGAGGUGAACCUCAGGGGCGUCUCAGUCCCCACCAGCCCCCUUAUCCAGCUCCUGACAGCGGGGAACACACACCCAGGACUGCCCACAUACCCAGUAGCUCCAAGUCCAUUUAUGAGUCACUGCCCAGAUCCCCAAUCAGUCCUGACACCGUGACGGCCCCGAGGUCCAAGCUUGUCAUCAAGGUGGAGACCAGUCCUCCCACUCUCCUGGUCUACAUGCCCACCACCGAGUGCGUACCCCGCUCUGGCCUCAUCAUCACCACCCCCCACCCCACCACCCCCUGUGCAGCCCUGACCUAUGUACCCCUCACCAACUCUUACACCACCUCUCCCGAGACGGACGAGCUGGUGACAACCGUCACCUCUGGUAGGAAAGUGACCUCAUCCGCUACCUCUGCUUCCACUGUUGCUGUUGCGGGGGACACCACCACAGAAAUGUCCCCACCUUCUUCCUCUGUCUCAACCGUACACACAACCCAAGAUACCCUGACCUCUUCUAUCACAGAAACCACAGACAUGAUCACCACGGCCCCGACAGGUGUGCGUGCAACACUGUCCCUCACUCCGGGAGCGACUUAUGUGUCUGCUACGGGUCCUUCUCCAGUUCCUACAAAAACCUCCUUAACAACAGUAACUGGUAACAUUGCCCCACCCGGCACCAGUGCCUUGACCACCACAGGCAUCACUACCAAACCAUUUCCAACUGCAAGUAAUUCUCUCAAAACAGAAACUUCCUCCACCCAUUCCCCGGGCCCCACCAAUACAUCAACACCUUUUGCUUCUGUUGCUAAGGAAACAACCACUCACGCGGGUGAGCCGUCCUCGGCGAUGACAAUAACGAACUCUGGGGGAAUCACACGUAAACCUAUGAGUGACAGUCCCAGAGAAACUGUCAGCACAGCAUCUUCCCACCCAACCAUGUCACCCACCGGCAAGGGGACGGUUUUGCCGUCUGACAUGAUGGCUUCCUCAGUGACCUCCAGAAUUCUAACGUCACUACCAAGUACGGUUCUGCCUUCUAAACCUUCUGAUAUUGACUCCACCUCUAGAACGCCUGCACCUGGGAUGAUCUCAAUGUCCACUCCCCCAGGUCUUGGGAUGACUUCCCAAAGCGCACACACACCAUCGGCACAAGGUCCAGACAUCUCUACCACAACGCCAGCAGCUCCCAGCCACAUGCCUGCAGGCACAACAGGUCUCCUGCCCAUGACGACGAGUCUCAGGCCAGCAAAAACACCUUCUUCUAGUCUGUCAGCACCAAGUGUGACACUCACGUCUGAAACCCUGUCACCUAGUAAAGGCAUCCACACCUUUAGGAGCACAAGUCUUACCACGUCAUCUAUGGGUGACACUGUUCCAUGGGGCACCAUGACAGACGCCACCUCAACCCAUAAAGCUUCUGGUACGCCAGCAACACACACCAAUUUCAUCUCAUCGUACCCCACCACGAAGAACAGUGGUACACUUACUAACGAAUCUCAUCCCACAACUUCCAGUAUGGUGACUGCCCUUCCAAAUACUGAAGGUACCGGAAAUACCGCAGGUGCCCCAGAGACAAGUGUUCCAGUCACAUCUUCACUCUCCUCCUCCAUAUUCUCCAGCAGUGCUGGGUCCUCACAGACGGACAGUGUGUCAUCAGCUCCACCCAUCACCCACACGCUCCACGCGACAGCAGAGUCCACCCCAGCACCCACCACCACACUCACGGCCCCCACAUCUGCAGAGCCACCUCCCUCAGCAGUGACUGCAGCAGGCCAGGCCCCCUCCCCCACCUCUGCUGCCACAUUCACGGGAGACACCACACCGAGUCCCACCACAGACCUCCUGAUCACUUUUUCGGGUGCCCCCACAGAUGCAUGGCUCUCUGGGCUGUCCAGCAUCUCCCCUCCCAUGAGCACCACUGUGUUGACAUCACCCACAAGCAGGAUUCUUUCCUCUACAUCUGCCCCAAGCACGCAGCCUGUCACCCCUGGCGUGAUGCACACCACCCCUUUAUCGACUUUGAUGACGACAGCGCUUCCGGCUACCGAUGCCGCAUCUACAGCGGUGUCUCGGGCCAACUCUCCCAGCUUUCCAGGUACCGCUGUUGGAGACUUCACACCAGAUGUCACCUCUCCUACAGCCACCACACAUGUGCCGAGGCCUGACCCCUCCGCCACGCCCACCUGGACCUCUUGGCCCACCUCAGAAGCAGCCGGAUCUGCUACCACACACUUGGUCACCACAGCUCCCCCGGCGUCUCCUCCCAGCAGCCCUAGCCUCACCACAGCCUCCGACACUUCCUCCACUCACAGAGCACCCACAGCUGCGACCUCCUCACAUCCCAACACCCCUGGUGCCAUGGAGACGCUCCUGUCUACAACGCUGUCUUCUUCUGGUGCAGGCACUUCCACAGUUGCAGCCACAGAUCUCCACUCCUCAUCUACAGGCAACAGUGGUUCCUCCUCCGCUAUGGCAGCCACCACCUCCACCCCUGCAGAUCCCAGUAUGUCCACCACCCACACCACUAUGACCCCAUCUUCCCUUUUCGUCAAUAACACAGAGGUAGCAACGCCGAUGAGUACACCCCAUACCACCACCCCACGUGUGCCAGCUACUUCUCCAAACACUGGAAACACCCAAACCUGGUCCCUUGCUGUCACUGUUCCCGCCACAACUACACUCCCCACCUCGGUGGCUGAUGUCAGUUCUGGGAACACCGAGAGUACACCUUCAGCGCCGAGCAUCCCUCAGACACUCCACGUGACAGCUGAGUCCGCCCCAGCACCCACCGGCACCACAUCUACAGAAACACUGUUAACUACGGCCUCCCUGAUCCCUACCACAGACCUUCCCACAGAAUCUCCCAGCACAGAAAUCACAGCCCCUUCCCAGACCACGUUGACAGUCACACCCUCAGAUCCACUGACUUUUGGGACAGCAAGCAUCUAUCCAUCGGUGAGCACCCAAGUGCUGGCUUCCCCCACCACGACUGCUUUCUCCUCUGUGUCAAGCUCGCAGCCAGUCACCCCUGACGGCACACACACGGCCCCCUUAGCCACCUUGGAGACCGCGUUCCCAACUACCAAAGCCUUGUCUACAGGUACCUCUCAGGCCGCCCCCUUCACUUCUUUCACCAAAGCUGUGACAUUGUUGACAUCAGAGAGCGUCUCUCCUUCCUCCGUCACAGACACACUGGCCUCCGCCACGUCUGUCGCUUCCACCUGGCCUUCCUUACCCACCUCAGAAGCAGUCUGGACUUCUACCACACCCUUAGUCACCCUGGCUGCCCAGACGCCAUCUCUCAUCACUCACAGCUCCACAGCCUCCACCAUCUACUCCACAGAGGGGCUCCCCACAACGCCUACCACUUCUGGUGUGACGGACACAGCUACACCCACAGCCCUGGCUUCCCCCACUGUGGACGUCUCUGCCACACCAGUUACAGCUCUCCACACCUCUCCUACGAGCAACACUGUCCCGCUGGUCACAGCAGACAUCACCACAACCCACGAAGGUGAUGCUGUUUCGUCACCAACCCACUCCACUCUGGUCCCAUCUUUCUCCAGCCCCCAGAGCUCAGAAACAAUGGCAUCUGUCCCUACGAGUCAGGCCACACCCAGCAGGACAGCUACCCUCUCAGUCACCGGCAACGACUCAAGUUUCUUUGCCACAAGCCUUCCAGUCACAUCUGCUUCUUCCUCGUCCACCUCUGCCAGCGGGACUGGGACCAUCCAGACAGCGGGUGAACCCUCAGCUCCAACCUUGCCCCAUUCUCCCCACACAACUGUUGAAUCCGCCCCAGCACCCAUGACCACCAACCCAUUCACAACAACCACGUCCACAGAGCCACCCUCUGCGACCGCAUCAGGGACUAGAACCUUCUUCAGCACCAUUGUGACGUCCACCACAGACCUUUCCACACCACCUCCGAUGUCAGAAAUGGCAACCACGGCCUCCACCAGCUCUUCAUUUGCCCCCUUAGAUACCUUGACUUCCGGGAGGCUCACUACCUCUCCUUCACGGACCACCCAUGCGUUGCCUUCACACACAAGUGGGGUCCUGUCCUCAACAUUUGUCCCAAGCACACAGCCUGUCACUCCUGGCAGCGCAGACACUCCCCCAUCGUCUACUUUGGCGUCAACACUGCCAACUUCCGAUGCCGCAUCUCUAACCUCAUCUCUAGUCUCUUUCCCCAGCUCUCCAACUAGGCCAGUUACAGAGUCCGUGCUCCAUUUCACAUCUCCUGCCUCCAGCACAGACACGUCUUCCGCUGACGUCUCCUCGACCACCAGGCCCUCUCAGCUCACUUCUGAAACAGACACGACAGCUGCCGCACACACGGUCACCUUGGCUGCUCUGACCCCCUCCCUCACACCUCCCAUCAUCACAGCCUCAGAGAGCUACUUGACCGACAGUAUGUCUGCUUCCUCCUCCUCACGUCCCGAGCUCACACCCACAGUCUCCUCCUCACCUAGCACACACCGCCACACCAUCCCAGCCACGGCCCUCACCCCCUCACCCCCGGGAAACACUGAGCACACUGUGGCGGGAGGCACCUCUACCCACACCGCUUCCAGCCCUCUUUCCUCCGUCACCCGGAACACAGAAACGCCACGUGUCAGCACACGCCACGCCAUUGCCACCAUCAGGACCACUAACCCCUCAAGUGCAGGAAACCCCGCCAGUCCACUUGCCACGAGGAUUCCAGCGACAUCUGCAUCCAUCUCUGCCAGCAGUGUGGGCGCCACACAGACGGGCAGUGUGCCGUCAGCUCCAGUCACCAGCCCCACGCCCCACACGAUGGCUGAGUCCACCUCGACACUCACUACCGCCGCCACACUCGCGGCCCCCACACCUACAGGGCCACCCCCUCCUGCUUCCGCCGCGACUGGAGCAGGGCAGCCCCCCUCCCCCACCCCCUCUGCUGCCACGUCCACGGGAGAGAGCACAGUGAGUCCUGCCACGGGCCUGCCUACGGAAUCGCUCAUGACAGACACAACUGUGACUUCCCCAACCACGUCUUCGGUCACUACCACGGGCCCACUCACAUUUGGGAUAGCCGUGAGCUCUUCUGAUGUGACCUCCAGUGUGUUGACCUCACGCACGAGCAGGGCCCUAUCCUCUAUGUCUGUCUCAGGUUCACAACCAGGUACCCCUGACACAGUGUACAGCACCCCAGUGUCUACCUUGGUGACCUCACUUCCAGGCACUAACGCAGCAUGGACAGCUACAGCCCAGGUCACCUCCCCUAGUCCUCCCGCCACAUACUCUGCGUCAGACAGCUCCGCUUUUGUCCCUGUCACUGACACAUCGACCCCCACCACCUUCCUGUCAUCAACCCAGCCAUCUUCAAUCAUCUCAGGCACAGCUAUGACUACCACCGCAGACUUGAUCACCACAGUCACCCCGACUCCCUCUAGGAGCCCCACGGCUUCUUCCAACUCAAACAUGCACUCCACUGACAGUGUGUCUACAACUACCAUCUCCUUACAUCCUACAACUUCUGGUAACCUGGGGGCCCUGACAUCUAUGACCUCCUCUUUUCCUAGCGAAGGAAUCCCUACCAUUGCCGUUACAAGUCUCGCCUCCUCAUCUACAGGCAACAGUGGUACGUCUGCCGUGACAGCUACCACCUCAACCUAUACAGGUUCUAGUAUAUUACCAACCCACACCAAUAUUAUCCCGUCCUCCUCCAUCAUCCAGAACACAGGGAUUUCACUUCUCAGCACAGCCCACUCCUUUGUCCCCACUGUGACAGCUGCCGUCACAGCUACUGGGAACACCCCAUCAGGUUCCCUUGGGAUGAGUACCUCAGUUUCACUUGAAAUCUCACUGUCAAAGUCAACUUCUAAAUUUGCCUCUGACUCGGGAACCAAAACUUCUCCUGUUCCUACCAGUAUUUCUCCUACAAGUACCAAUUCCCCGAUCUCUUCUUUUCAAACUCAAAGUCCAUCACCAAACUCCAGUCCUAUCUUGUCAACAUCCCAUGUGCCCACGACAAGCACCGGCUGGUCCACUCUUAGGACUCUCAUGUCCACCUCCACUUUGUUAACUACACUUACUUCCUCAGGUGAGCCCAGAACAGAAUCUCUCUCCAGGGGAAGUACUUCUCCAAAUGCAGUGGUCACUGCUUUUGGUACCUUGAUCUCCUUGACACCCACAGUAAUGAUGUCGACUCCUCUGCCUUCCUCUGCUACUAGUCCAAUGCAAAGUAUGACUACUAAAUCUCCUACGUUCUCCCCUAGUUCCAGUACAGAAGACAGAGUCCCCUCUGCAGUAACAUCCUUUCCUCCUUCUUCAACUACCAGAACUUCUCCAACCACCUCAUCACCGACCACAGCUCACACCGAAUCAACCCCCUUCUCUUACAUCUCUCUUCCUUCCACCACAUCCUGUCCAGAAACCAUCACCAUCACAAUAGUCCCUACCUCUCCACUGACGCCAUGUGUUGACAUCAAUCCCAGCACUGACGUGACAUCUGCUCCCUCUACCCCAUUCUCAGUCAUUCCCUCUACCACUGAAAUGGUCACCUUUUCCAGUUCUACCAGCCAAAGAUCAUUUCUCCCGACAUAUACGGACACUUCUUCCGUGACUCCGGAAACGGAGCCCUCGGGUGUCAUCACUGAUGCUCCUAGCUCGACGGUCACGAUGACCACAGACACAGGCACAGUUCUGACCAGCACCUCAGUGUCCACUAGGGACCACUGGUUGAGCGUCACCUCCACAAUCACCCCGGAUAUGCCCGGCUCUGUCAGUGUUCCUCCAACCCCGCAACCAAGCAGCAUCCUUCCAACUACCACAGCUUCAAGCAAGGUGAUCUACCCCAUUCCAUCUACCGCAAAGAGCCCAGAGACAGCAGUGACCACCAUGAGGUCUCCUUCCGCCCUUACAUCACCAUCGUCAAGACCAACUCCAAGCACUGCUCAGGUGACUACAGCAGCAAGCUUGACCACCACCCCAGGCAUUUGUGAAAAUGGCGGCACCUGGGACCAGGACCGGUGCGUUUGUGUUCCUGGUUUCUCUGGAGACCGCUGUCAAGUUCCGGACACCAGAUGCCAGAACGGGGGCACAUGGGAUGGCAUCAAGUGUCUCUGCCCCAGUACCUUCUAUGGGUCUCUCUGCGAGUCUCCAGUGGAGCAGUUAGAAAUAGACACAGUAAAGACCGAAGUGGGCAUGGAGGUAUCUGUGGACCAGGAAUUCUCUCAAGACCUCAAAGACAACACUUCCAAGGCCUACAGAGAUUUCAGCAACGCCUUCCAGGGCCAGAUGCAGAAGAUCUACCAGACUGUCCAAGGUUUCCAGGGUGUGCGGAUCCUGUCCCUGAGGAGCGGCAGCGUCGUGGUAGACUACCUGGUCCUGCUGAAGCUGCCCUUCAGUCCCCAGCUGCAGGGCGAGUACGAGAAGGUGAAGACGUUGCUGAAGGAGGAGCUCCAGAGAUCCAGCCAAGACGGUGACGGUUGUCAGGACAACCAGACCCUGUGUUUUAAGCCCGACUCCGUCAAGGUGAACAAUGGCACCAAGGAAGAAGAGCUGACCCCCAACGCCAUCUGUCACCGAACUGCCCCCGCGGGCUAUGAGGACUUCUACUUUCCCUUGGUGGAGCUGAACAGGCUCCGCUGCGUCACCAACUGCACACCUGGAGUGGAUGGCACCAUCGACUGCCACCAGGGACAGUGUUUCCUACAGAAGAACGGCCCAACCUGUCGCUGCUUCUCCACAGACACCUACUGGUUUUCGGGCCCCCGCUGCGAGGUGGCGGUUCACUGGAGGGGGCUGGUUGGGGGGCUGGUGGGCGCCGCUGCUGUGCUGCUGCUGUUGCUGGUGGCCCUCGGUGUCUGGGUGGCACGCUCCCGGGGCAGGGACAAGGCGCCCCCGCCCCCAGGCAGGUCCUGGAGCCAGGACAGGAAGCGGUUUGCCACCCGGAAUGAAGGCGUCCUGGGGACUUUUUCCUACGCGGGCUUCCAGGAUUCCCCGACCGUUAGUAACGAAAACCUCUGUGUUGACUUGGAGAACGUGGACACCAACGCAAGGGUUCACAUCCAAAGACCGGAGGUGGCCUCCUCGCCGUCCUCCUGAGCCCUGGAGGGCCGCUUCUGUACUUCUGUACUUCUGUACCCCGCCCUGGACAGCAGGACGGAGCCCGUUGUGCAAGAACUGGUUCCAGUACCCACACCCCCAGCUCCCAGUGUUCUUGGGGGAAAAAAUGUAUUCCUUUGACCUCCCAUCCUUCUCUUUGUUUGACUGAAACCCACUUGGAGAACAUAUAGUGGGCAAGUCAGUUAUCUUCUGCCUCAGUUUCCUCAUCUGUGAAAUGGGGGUGAUGCACUCACACCUUUACCCUGAAACUUGGCACAGUUACUAUGAACUUCACAUGCAUUUGGUAGAUAUUUUUUGGCCCGUCUCCACCCUCCCAUUGCUUCUCAGGUUCUCUCUCCCAUCCGACCUCAUCUCCUCCCCGUCUGUCUCUGUAUCCCAGACUGGCCUUUCACUUGAUAUGAACUUCUGACCCUUUGCCUCCUCCCGAGUGCCAGGAUUACAGUGCUCCACUACUGCCAGCUUCUGUGGUGCUGGGGAUCGAACCCAGGACCAGGCAGGCAUCUACCAACUGAGCUUCCUCCCCAGUCCAUGGCUCUUUUGUGUUUGCAUUCCAUCGAUGUCCUAAUGUUUAUCCUUCACCUUGCACCUGUAGACACCUGAACUCACACUUCUGGACACCUGAACUCACACCUAUAGACACCUGAACUCACACCUGAAGACAUCUGAACUCACACCUGUAGACACCUGAACUCACACCUAUAGACACCUGAACUCACACCUGUAGACAUCUGAACUCAUACCUAUAGAAAUCUGAACUCAUACCUGUGUACAGUCUGAACUCACACCUGAAGACAGUCUGAACUCACACCUGUAGACACCUGAAAUCACACCCGUAGACACCUGAACUCACACUUCUGGACACCUGAACUCACACCUGUAGACAUCUGAACUCACACCUGUAGACAUCUGAACUCACACCUGUCUGUAGACAUCUGAACUCACACCUGUGGACACCUGAACUCACACCUGUGUACAGUCUGAACUCACACCUGAAGACAGUCUGAACUCACACCUGUAGACACCUGAAAUCACACCCAUAGACACCUGAACUCACACUUCUGGACACCUGAACUCACACCUAUAGACACCUGAACUCACAUCUGUAGACACCUGAACUCACACCUGUAGACAGUCUGAACUCACGUCUGUAGACACCUGAACUCAUACCUGAAGACAGUCAGAACUCACACCGGUAGACACCUGAACUCACACCUAUAGAAGCCUGAACUCACAUCUGUGUACAGUCUGAACUCACACCUGUAGACACCUGAACUCACACCUAUAGAAGCCUGAACUCACACCUGUAUACAGUCUGAACUCACACCUGUAGACACCUGAACUCACCCCUGUAGACACCUGAUCUCUCGACUGUAGACACCUGGACUCACACCAACAGUCUGAACUCACACCUGUAGACACCUGAACUCACACCUGUGGACACCUGAACUCACACCUGUAUACAGUCUGAACUCACACCUGUAGACACCUGAACUCACACCUGUAGACACCUGAACUUGCACCUGUAGACAGUCUGAACUCACACCUGUAGACACCUGGACUCACAUCUGUAGACACCUGGACUCACGCCUGUAGACACCUGAACUCACACCUGUAGACACCUGAACUCACACAUGUAGACACCUGAACUCGCACCUCUGGGCAGCAUGAAGCAGGUCACACCCCACUCUCUCCUCAUGGCUCUUUGCUGUGACCCUUGUCGCUCUCCAAAGCUCCUCACCCUGAGUUGAUUCUUAUGUCAAUCUCCUGCCUCAGCCCGAUGCCUCUCCCAGUUUUCUUUUUAGAGACAGGGUCUUUGAAAGCACAGGCCGGCCUUGAACUCUCUAGUUGAGGAUGACCUGGACUCACACCUAUCCUCGAACCUCGUGUCCUGGUACCUACAAACCUGCCCCUCCCCAUCCCAGCACCAAGCCCUGAGUCCCACAUCUACAUUCCUAGGUCCUCGUAGGGUCAGGGUGUCAUUGGGGCCCCAGUUUAUUCUCCUCAAGCCCCUGCUUCCGCAUCCGAGGCUCCACCGUCUUUCUACCCUUCACAUUUGCUGAAUCCCCAUAGACAGGCGUGGGGUAUGGCUUUGGCCAAGGAUGAGGGCGUGAAGCCGGCUCCCCAUUCCCCUAGCCCUCCCUUCCCACCCUCCCCAUCCUCACUACCUCUUCCUCCUUCAUGUCUCUCCCUGUCCUUCCCUGAUGUCACCACGUCACUGCCGUAACCUCUGAGCCUGGAGCCCUCAGCCUCCUUGGCCAGGAUGUCAGCAAGUGUCUAGU